UUACUUGCCCGUUAUGUUGCUCACCAUUGGCGCUGAUAACUCGCUUGUACGUUGGGUGCGUCUGUUUCUCUCCGUCGGCUCCGCGAUAAUCUACAUACUUUGCAUAGUGGAGAGUACGCUAAAAUGUUAUUGGUUUACGCUAACGAUUGUUACGGGUCUACGUCUUCGUUAUUUCCAUAUAAUCGUGAUUUUGUGCGACUUCAAUGAACGUUUGUGUCUACUAUGUGAAGUCUUGAAACGGCUGAAAGCUUACAAUGGCUUUGGUCCAAACUUGGAGUGCGCCGCUUGGCGUCGCAACAAUCACUGGGAGUUCGCACAGCUGAAUAUGUUGCGCUUGAUCCACGGACGCAUCUAUGAAUUGCUGCAGAUCAUCAACGAGCAUGUCGGUUGGUCCAUGACUCUGAUUGCGCAGGAAGCUUUGUUUGAAUUCGUUUGCUACACAUAUUGGUGUCUGACGUAUAAGUUGGUGAAAAUGGGCAUGGGCGCAGUGAUCUUUAAUUUCGUUACAAUUUUCUCGUUGGGCUGUCUACACUACCAAUGGUUUCAGCAGGCAGAUAGAGUCAAACAGAAUGGUGAAAUGUUCGCUGCUAUUACAACUCAACUUUAUAAACCGUGCGAUGAUAAACGCUACAAUGAUCUACUACUCGCAUUACUGAUACAAACGAUGCAUCAAAAAUUGAUGCAACGGUAA